GUAGAUUGCCGCCAUUACAUACCGCUGUCAAAUGUGUGUGAAAAUAUCCAAUAAAAAUUGAGCUUUUUGAAAUUAAACAGGAAGUUGUCUUCGGAUAACAGAAAUUUGGUGGAAUUGGAGGCAUCUGAUUCUGAUUUUAUUUGCUCCAAUUAUUAUGGCUCAAAAUAUCAAUCCACAUUACGCGUCGUCGUCAAAUCCAGCGAAACAAAAUGAAGAUACGAUAAAACUAAAAGAUAAUCAUGCCGUCAGCAAACGGCUUCAAAAAGAAUUAAUGGAGUUGAUGCGCUGUGCUGACAAAGGUAUAUCUGCAUUCCCUGAGAGUGAGAAUCUGUUCAAAUGGAUUGGUACCAUUAACGGCCCCCAGGAGACAGUAUAUGCAGGCCACAAGUACAAACUGUCACUAGAGUUCCCCAACUCGUACCCCUAUGCCCCGCCUAUGGUGAAAUUCAUCACACCUUGUUUUCACCCUAACGUAGACACUUGCGGGCUAAUAUGUUUAGAUAUCUUGAAGGACAAGUGGACGGCACUGUAUGACGUGCGCACAGUGCUGCUGUCCAUCCAGAGCCUGCUAGCCGAGCCCAACACACACAGUCCUUUAAAUCAACAAGCAUCAUAUCUUUGGCCAAACCAACCCGCCUAUAAGAAAUAUGUAGAUGAAUUUUACAAUAAGCACAGAGACUCAUAGUGGACUUGUGUUUUAUUUGUCAUCAUUAAAGAAAACAUAUUUUUGAUUUUGCGUUGUAUUUUGUGUUGUGAAUUGAAUGUUUGAAUGCAUGAUUGUAAUGAGAGUUGCGCUGACGAGUUCGGUUCUAUUCCCUUUCUGAAGCUCAUUCUACUUGGUUCUAGUUUUUAUAUUUCCAUAUUUGACUAAUCUCGGCUAUUUGUAGAUAGUAAAUUGUAGGUGUAUAUGACUGUGAUAGAUUACCUGAAAGCAUAAUAUCAAAAUUUAUAUUGUAAAACUAUGUAUAGUUCUUAAGGUUUAAUCUGAUCUCUGCUUUUAACUCGACUUGAUGUGUCAAGUAGAAUUUGCUUUGCUCUUUCCAAUCUUUUUUAAUAGAAACACUAAACUAUUUUGGAAGUUAUUUAUAGCCUGAUAAAGUUCCCAAAUUGAUGUUUGUCCAGUUUCUGAACUCGUCAGCUCAGUCUCAGCCGAUGAGUUGUGUCUGUAAAAUGAGAUCACUGACAAUUAUAAUUCUUUAGUGCAAUUGA